UGUCUGGAAUGCACUGAAGUAGGAACUCGGGGAGAUGUCAUUAAUGAUUCUAGGAAAAUUUCAUUAUUUUUGUUAUUAACUAAAAAGCUAAAUAUGAUUUAAUCUUGUUGUAACAAAUACAUAAGAUACAUUUCAAUUCAAUGAACCAAUUUACGCCUAGAGGUACAUUGUUUUGGAACAUGUUUGUUCCUGACGCGGCAUCAUACCUCAGUGGGAGCGACUUGGAAUUAUGACGUGCUCUGUGACGUUUUUUUUUUGCUACCAGGAAACGAAUGUAAACAUAGCAAUCGGAAGAGAAACGCGAAUGCAUUCGCAUAAUUCUACAAAAAAUCUCUCGAUGCUGGGUGCUAAAUACGAUUUUGCAGCACUGGGCGAAAUGGGGUUAGCUGGAAUAUAUGAUUGCCAAUUCUAGAAAAGGUUUAACGCAGUAGCUAGGACUGAGGCUGGCUAAUCGCUCGAUAAACCGACACACAUCCACUUCGGGGUGCAGAGAAUUUGCAACAAGCUGAUGACAUGUCGGCAGACUGUUCUUCUGCCAACCAGGAAGAACCUAAUGCUGUUGUUGGAAACAUAUUGGUGCAGUUCAUAUAGGUCCAGGCAUGUUUGCCAUAAGGGCACCUGAGGAGGAGUCCUCAGAGAUGGUGGAGGAGAUGGACACGUCAGAGGCUGUCUGGUGCUGGUAUUACCUAGCUGAAUGUGGAGUGUGGCACAUGUUUGAGAUUGAUCCAAGUGCUGCAUGCUCUGUGACCAGUGAGCAGAUAGAACAGAAUUACAGCAGGAAUCAACACGGUGUCAUGGAGUUUUACACCGCCAAGUACACCUACAGACUGGACUUCUCAGUCAUGAAGCAGAUCAAUGUCACAACCGGGAAACAACGGCCAAUCAAACGGGCAUUCCACUCUGCCACUGGCUUUAGGUUCAUUUGUGAUAAUCUGGCCCUGCCGGUGCCCUGCCACUGGGAGAGAAUAAAUACAGACGAGCCUUAUCAGCUCGUCUCAUUGGCCAGAGAUACUUAUGAAUUCAAGGAAGUGGUCAGACUCUAUGAAAGGACCAUGUGUCACCCUAUCAAAUCUAUUCAGAGGAUACAGAACCUGGAUCUGUGGGAGUUCUUUUGCAGGAAAAAACAACAAUUGCGCAAGAUAAAGCGAGUUGUGGACAUUGAGGAGAAAAUGUUAUUUCAUGGCACAGGCCACAGCAACGUGCAGGCUAUAUGCACAUAUAACUUUGACUGGCGGCUAACUGGGAGCCAUGGGGACGUCUAUGGCAGAGGGAGUUAUUUCGCCCGAGACGCCAAGUAUUCUAGCAAAUUCUGCCUUACGACGGGGAAACAUAACUUUGCCUUGCAGAAGCACGGACUAGCUCCGCCGAUAUUUUCAAGCGAGCCUCCAUAUAAGACCAUGUUCCUGGCCAGAGUGCUGGUCGGCGAGUCCACGUUAGGCAAUCCGCUGUUCUGCCGACCGCCAUCCAAGGACAUGAGCUACAGCAACUUCUUUGACAGCUGUGUGGACGACCUCGCCAACCCAAAGAUCUACGUCAUCUUCGACUGCAACCAGAUUUACCCAGAGUAUCUGAUUGAGUUCUACUGACGCCUAUGGGGUGAUCAGGGACGUUAUCACACAAUGUACAGGGGGUGGAUUUUUUUUUACCAGGACGGGAUUGGGAUUCAGAGACAUCAGGGGAGAGGUCGAGAGAGGAGGGACUUAAUGGACGGCCAUGAUGACUUCCCGCUGUUUGAUUCCAGGCCCGACUGGGACUUGGAUCAUAAGAUGUGCCUUAAUGGAUUACUAUGGCAGAACAAGGAAGACCAUACAAGAAGACUAUGUUUCUAUAAAAGCUGUAGAGUUCGUAAAGAGUGGUUUGUCUAUUUACUGUGUUUAGAGACUUGUGGGUCGGAGAGGGCGAGAGGUGGCGUAUUUGAAAAACAGAAAAGUAACUGCACACUGUUUGAGUGUUCCCGAAAUGGAUUAGCAAUGUUUCAAGGCAGGAUCACCUUGUGUUGUCGAAACGUUGCGAAUACGUUUCGGGAGCGUUCUAACAGUGGGCAGGUAUUAUUUUUUUAUUUUCCUUUGACUGUUUGGGUCCAACAUGACCAUAGUCAAACAAAGCUAAAAAGUGCAACACACUUCUAAUGAGGAUGUAGACUGAAUAACUACUUUGGUGACCAGGAUGCAAUAACUCACUAUUACAAGUGAAGUCGCCAACAUAAAGUAAACACAUGUUUGACUUGCCCUACUCCUGUAUACAAGGACCUGAUUUCAUAGAUAGACAUUGAAUAAGUAGGUGUAUCUAAAUGUUUGACUGGUACUGUGUAUAAGGGAUAUAUUCAUUGUAACUGUACAGUAAUCUGCUCUUGUAAUAUUUUCUACAUUGUAGAAUAAUAGU